GCAAACAGCAUCAGCUCGUGCUGUGACAGCUCUCUCCACUCUCCCCCUUUUCCAUCGCCUCAUCUCAUCUCAUCUCCACCACCAAAUCCCCCAAAUCCGCAUCAAUGGUGAGCCUGUGGCGAGCGGCGAUGGGCGCCGCCCAGCCCAACGCCGACGACUACGACGGCGUCGAGUUCUGGUCCGCGGCCGAGCGCGCCGGCUGGCUCACCAAGCAGGGCGAGUACAUCAAGACCUGGCGCCGCCGCUGGUUCGUCCUCAAGCAGGGGAAGCUCUUCUGGUUCAAGGAAUCCAACGUCACCCGCGCCUCCCGCCCCCGCGGCGUCAUCCCCGUCGCCGAUUGCCUCACCGUCAAGGGCGCCGAGGACGUCCUCCAUCGCCAAUUCGCCUUCGAGCUCUCCACUCGGAGCGACACCAUGUAUUUCAUCGCCGAUGCGGAGAAGGAGAAGGAGGAUUGGAUCAAUUCGAUCGGCCGAUCUAUCGUUCAGCACUCGAGAUCGGUUACCGAUGACGAGAUCCUCGAUUACGAUAGCCGGAAAUAGUUUGAAUUCAGUAGCAGGUACUGUUUGUUGAUUCCGCCUUUUUUUUCUUCUGAAAUUAUAGGUGUUUCUCUGUUUAUAUUGCUGGUUGAUGUAUGAUCCUCCAUUUUCUGGUUUUAAAUUGGGGGUUAGGGUUCCAAACAUUGAUGUGUAAUUUAAUAUUGAUUAUAUGAGCUGCAGUAUGAUUUCCACACUGAAAA